AUGGUUGCUGCAACAACCACCAUAACCGCUACUUCGCGGUUGCUCUUGAUAUGUUUCGCUUACGCUUUCACUGUCUUCUCAAUGGUUUCAUCAGUCACUGACCCUCGUGAUGCCGCGGCUCUUCGUUCUUUGAUGGAUCAAUGGGACAACACACCGCCUAGCUGGGGAGGCUCUGAUGAUCCUUGUGGAACUCCUUGGGAAGGUGUCUCCUGCAAUAACUCUAGAAUCACUGCUUUGGGAUUGUCAACAAUGGGUCUCAAAGGAAGGCUUAGUGGAGACAUUGGAGAACUAGCUGAACUAAGAUCCUUGGACCUUUCGUUUAACCGAGGACUCACCGGUUCACUCACUUCCCGGUUAGGAGAUCUGCUAAAGCUCAACAUUCUUAUACUUGCUGGUUGUGGCUUCACUGGUAGCAUCCCAAAUGAGAUUGGUUUUCUCAGAGAUUUAUCUUUCUUGGCCUUGAACUCGAAUAACUUCACCGGCAAGAUUCCUCCAUCUCUAGGAAACCUCACCAAAGUCUAUUGGUUGGAUCUUGCGGAUAAUCAGUUGACAGGACCAAUUCCAGUUUCAUCAGGCUCUAGUCCUGGUCUUGAUCUUCUCUUGAAAGCCAAACACUUUCACUUCAACAAGAAUCAGCUCUCAGGAACCAUUCCACCAAAACUUUUCAGCUCUGAGAUGAUACUGAUCCAUGUGUUAUUCGAUGGAAAUAGAUUCACAGGAAACAUACCUUCCACUUUAGGACUCGUUCAGACACUAGAGGUUCUACGGCUUGACAGAAACACUCUGACCGGAAAAGUUCCAGAGAAUCUCAGUAAUCUCACAAACAUCAUUGAACUGAACUUAGCACACAACAAGCUGGCAGGAUCUUUACCAGAUUUAUCAGACAUGAAAUCCCUCAACUAUGUAGACCUCAGCAAUAACUCAUUUGAUCCAUCAGAGUCUCCUCUCUGGUUCUCAACCUUACCUUCACUCACCACACUGGUGAUGGAAUAUGGAGCUCUUCAAGGACCACUGCCUAAUAAGCUCUUUGGGUACCCACAGCUGCAGCAAGUGAAACUGAGAAAGAAUGCAUUCAAUGGAACACUGAGCUUGGGAGACGCAGUAGGUCCACAGCUCCAACUCGUUGAUCUUCAAGAUAAUGACAUUUCCUCUGUUACACUCAGCUCUGAAUAUACCAAUACACUAAUACUCGUAGGAAACCCUGUAUGCACAACAGCUCUCUCAAACACAAACUACUGCCAGAUUCAGCAGCAACAAGCCAAACGAAUAUACUCAACCAGUAUUGCAAACUGUGGAGGAAAAUCUUGUCCAUUAGACCAAAAAGUGAGCCCUCAGAGCUGUGAAUGCGCUUACCCUUAUGAAGGCACACUCUACUUCCGAGGGCCUAUGUUCAGAGACCUCUCCAACGUGAACACAUACCAUUCACUGGAGAUGAGCUUGUGGGUGAAGCUAGGACUCACUCCUGGCUCGGUCUCUCUACAAAACCCUUUCUUCAACAAUGAUGAUUAUCUCCAGAUACAGUUGGAGCUUUUCCCAUCUACUGGCAAGUACUUUAACAGAAGUCAAGUACAAAGAAUAGGAUUUGACUUGAGUAACCAAACAUUCAAACCUCCUCCCUUGUUUGGACCUUACUAUUUCAUAGCAUCUCCCUACACUUUCCCAGCUGAAGGUAAUGGCCAUUCAUUGAGCUCUCGGAUGGUCACAGGGAUAAUAACUGGUUGCAGCGCAUUGGUCUUGUGCCUUGUUGCCCUAGGAAUAUAUGCGUUUUGGCAGAAGAGACGUGCAGAGCAAGCUAUCGGUUUUAGUAGACCGUUUGUUUCAUGGGCAUCAAGUGGAAAAGACAGCGGUGGCGCACCGCAGCUGAAAGGGGCACGGUGGUUCUCAUACGAAGAACUCAAGAAGAUAACCAACAACUUCUCUGUGAGCAGCGAGUUGGGUUAUGGAGGUUACGGAAAGGUGUACAAAGGAAUGCUCCAAGAUGGGCAGAUGUUGGCGAUCAAAAGAGCACAGCAAGGAUCAACACAAGGCGGUCUCGAGUUCAAAACAGAGAUUGAGCUGCUUUCUCGAGUUCAUCACAAGAACCUCGUUGGCCUUGUUGGGUUUUGCUUCGAGCAAGGCGAGCAGAUUCUUGUCUACGAGUUCAUGCCCAACGGAUCACUCAAAGACAGCUUAACAGGGCGAUCUGGUAUUGCGCUGGACUGGAAAAGGAGGCUGCGAGUGGCUCUAGGAUCGGCGAGAGGACUAGCGUACCUCCACGAGCUAGCGGAUCCUCCGAUCAUCCACAGGGACGUUAAAUCAACAAACAUUCUUUUGGAUGAGAAUCUCACGGCUAAAGUUGCUGACUUUGGCUUGUCCAAGCUUGUUUCCGACUGCACCAAAGGCCACGUUUCAACACAAGUCAAAGGCACAUUGGGAUAUUUGGAUCCAGAGUACUACACAACGCAGAAACUUACGGAGAAGAGCGACGUGUACAGCUUCGGCGUCGUGAUGCUGGAAUUGAUCACCGCGAAGCAGCCGAUCGAGAAAGGCAAGUACAUUGUUCGAGAGAUCAAGCUUGCGAUGAACAAGAGCGACGAGGACUUUUACGGACUCAGAGAUAAGAUGGAUCGUUCGUUGAGAGACGCCGGACCUCUGCCGGAACUCGGACGGUAUAUGGAGUUAGCAUUGAAAUGCGUCGACGAGACGGCGGAUGAGAGGCCGACGAUGAGCGAAGUGGUUAAGGAGAUCGAGAUCAUCAUCCAGAACAGUGGAGCGAGCACCAGCUCCUCUGCAUCUGCCUCGUCUUCCGCUACGGAUUUUGGAGCUGUGAAAGGCGGAGAUAAGUUUUUGUACGGAGAUCAUUUGAGCCGGAAGAAAGAAGCCCGCGACGGUGACGGAGGAGGCGGAGCGUUUGAUUAUAGCGGUGGCUACUCUGUUCCGACGAAAAUUGAGCCCAAAUAA